AACAAGGGAGAGCUGGGACAAGAAAGUCCAAUUCUUAUCGUGGACAGCAGAACUUGGAGUCUUGUCACAGUUGUGGCCACUUGAGUGGGGUCCUCUAGCCUACUGCUCUUCUUACUUCCAUUUGUGUCUGAGACUCUGGUCUGGGGUGAGAGGUCACCAGUCUUUACUGCUGCUCAACCCCCGUGGCUGAAGUCGGGACCUCCCUGUAAGCGCCUGUUAGUCGAGGGUGACGAUUAUAUCUCUGCAGUCAUGGCUUUUCCUGUGGGGUUCGGAUGGGGAGCAGCCACUGCCGCUUAUCAAAUAGAAGGAGGCUGGGAUGCAGAUGGAAGAGGCCCUUGUGUCUGGGACACAUUCACCCAUCAGGGAGGAGAGCGAGUUUUUGAGAACCAGACUGGUGAUGUAGCUUGUGGCAGCUACACUCUGUGGGAAGAAGAUUUGAAAUGUAUCAAACAGCUUGGAUUGACUCAUUACCGCUUCUCUCUUUCCUGGUCACGUCUGUUACCUGAUGGGACGACAGGUUUCAUCAACCAGAAAGGAAUCGACUACUACAACAAGAUCAUAGACGAUUUGUUAAGGAAUGGUGUGACACCCAUAGUGGCCCUCUAUCACUUUGAUUUGCCUCAGGCUUUAGAAGAUCAAGGAGGCUGGUUGUCAGAAGCAAUUGUUGAAGCUUUUGACAAAUAUGCGCAGCUUUGCUUCAGGACCUUCGGAGACCGAGUGAAGCAAUGGCUUACCAUAAAUGAGCCGAAUACUCUUGCUAUUUUGGCUUAUGACAUGGGUAUGUUUGCUCCUGGUGUGCCUCACGUUGGGAUUGGAGGUUACCAAGCAGCUCACAAUUUGAUUAAGGCUCACGCCAGAGCCUGGCAUAGCUAUGACUCUUUAUUCCGAAAAGAUCAGAAGGGUUUUGUGUCCUUAUCAUUAUUUUUUUGCUGGUUAGAGCCAGCAGAUCCUAACUCAGUGCUUGACCAGGAAGCUACGAGAAGGGCCAUCAAUUUCCAGUUGGAUUUCUUUGCGAAGCCCAUAUUCCUUGAUGGCGAUUAUCCUGAACUUGUCAAGUCCCAGAUUGCCUCCAUGAGUAAAAAGCAAGGCUAUUCAUCAUCAAGGCUUCCGGAAUUCACAGAAGAAGAGAAGAAAAUGAUCAAAGGCACUGCUGAUUUCUUCGCUGUUCAAUAUUAUACAACUCGCUUAGUCAGGCACCAGGAGAAUAAGAAGGGAGAGCUCGGCUUCCUUCAGGAUGUGGAGGUUGAAUUGGUUCCCAAUGCAUCUUGGGAAAAUGUGGGUUGGAUCUACGUGGUGCCAUGGGGAAUACGUAAGCUCCUGAAAUAUAUUAAGGAUACAUAUAAUAACCCUGUAAUUUACAUCACCGAGAAUGGGUUUCCCCAGUGUGACCCGCCAUCUCUUGAUGACACUCAGCGUUGGGAGUAUUUCAGACAGACAUUUCAGGAACUAUUCAAAGGGGCCAAUGCUUCAAGUCCAGCUUCAUUAAAAUGCACACAUCCAUGUUUCAUAUUCUCACAAGCAACCUUCCCCAGGAGAAAAGCACUCCAACACCAACUAUCCAUGUUGAUAAAGUCAACCUUCAAGUAUACUGUGCGUGGUCGCUUCUGGAUAACUUUGAAUGGAACAAUGGAUACAGCAGACGGUUUGGCCUCUUCCAUGUUGAUUUUGAGGAUCCUGCUAGACCCCGAGUCCCGUACAGGUCGGCCAAGGAAUAUGCGAAGGUCAUCAGAAACAAUGGCCUGGAAGGAGCUCUGUAAGGAAGGUAACUGGGAAAUGGCCUUCACAGAAGCCGCUGCUGUUUGAAAGACCCGAAGGCUACUUUGGUUAUGUUGUCUCAGAGAACCUCAAGUUUUGUUCUCCAUGAUCUGUGAUUAUAAAACCUGGAUCCUAGGAAUGUUAUCUGUAUUUUAUUAGAAGAUGUCUUAGUUAGUAAAAUAGAGUAUCACAGAAACUGAUUUUCAGUUAAAAAAAAAUUAGAUCUACUUGAAAACUUCAAUUUAAAAUUUUAGAAAAAAUUCCUGGGAAAAGAAUGAAGCAUUUAUGAAGAUAAUGCACUGUUGACUUGUAGCUCUAACUGCAGAGUUCUUAGCAUAAGCGUAGAUUUGUACCCCUGCUUACUUUGAGAGCAUAGCUAUUUUUGCUUAGGAAAUUUCUGUCAGUGUUUGAUUCAUAAAAUUUCUAAUAUUUAAUCUAGCACAAAAUAACAAAACUAAAAGUCACAGUAUGCAUUCUGUCCAACAAAGGAACUGAUAGUAAAUUUAAUAAAAUGCAUUUGUUAAUAUGUUUACAAUACAUUUUGUCAAUGAUUUGUUAAAUAUGUAUCUUUCUCUUGUCUAAUGAACUUUGGAAAAUAAUAAAAAAUGAAUUUAUGAAUUUGAA